UGUAUAUAAAUGCACGUUACUAGCGAAGACUUUGAGAGGUCGAGCUGCUUUCGAGGAGAGAUCUGUUUGAAAAUACAAGCAACAUUCACAAACACAUAAAAUAUGGAGGGGAAAAAAAUGAGGGAGAUCUCUUCUCUCCAUUAAUGGUACAUUUAUAAUUGACAUUGACAGAGGAGAGAUGGGUUGCUCGUUCUCAGGCCUGAACGCAUUCUACGACGCCGUCAAUGGCGGCGUUUGGAUCAACGAGAACCGCUUCAAGAUCUUGAGGCCCCUCAGCGGCCCCAUCGCCGGUGACAGCGGAGUCUCUGGUUAUGUAUUCCUCGUGAAGGAGAUCCUCGCCGGUGAUGGGGCCCGCUCUGGGCUCCUCAAGAACAAAUCCAUCGACCCUUCUCACAUUUCAGAUGAAGGGACAUAUGCUAUGAAAAAAGUCAUAAUUCAAAAUGAAGAGCAGCUAGAGUUGGUGAAGGAAGAGAUACAUGUUUCUUCUUUAUUCAGUCAUCCUAACCUGCUUCCUCUUCUUGAUCAUGCUAUUAUCACAGUUAAGGGUACACAAGGUGGGUCACAGAACCAUGAAGCAUAUCUUCUAUUUCCAGUUCACCUGGAUGGAAAUCUGCUGGACAACACCAAAGUUAUGCAAACUAAGAAGGAAUACUUUCCUACUCUCACUGUUCUUCAAAUAUUCAGACAGCUUUGUGCAGGACUCAAGCACAUGCACAAUUUUGAUCCUCCAUAUGCACAUAAUGAUGUCAAACCUGGUAAUGUGCUGAUUGCACAUAGAAAAGGUCAACCUCCUGUUGCAAUUUUAAUGGAUUUUGGAAGCACAAAACCUGCAAGAAGGCAAAUCCGAUCUCGUGCAGAGGCAUUGCAGCUUCAGGAAUGGGCCACUGAACAUUCUUCGGAAGCUUUCCGAGCACCUGAGCUUUGGGAUUGUCCAAGCCAUGCUGACAUUGAUGAGAGGACAGAUAUUUGGUCUCUAGGAUGUACAUUAUACGCAAUAAUGUAUGGUGAAUCUCCUUUCGAAUAUGCACGCGAUGAAUCUGGAGGAAGCAUGCAGUUGACAGUCAUGAAUGCACAGAUAAAAUGGCCAACUGAACACGAUCCAUCUUAUCCUGAACCAUUUCGUCAGUUCGUGGUUUGGAUGCUCCAGCCUCACCCUUCAGUGCGCCCGCACAUAAAUGACAUCAUUGUUCAUGUUGACAAGCUCAUCUCAAAGUUCUCUUAAGCUUGAAAAAAAAAUAUUGCUUCAGGUUUUCGACUACAUCUUAUGUCUUGUCAUAGCUUCAUGGAAGUUCGUUUGAACUUAUACCUACUUUUGAAAGGAAUUUCUCAAAUACACAGAAAAACCAUAGUGUUCAGACCUUA